CCCCUUCCCAAAAUAUAAAGAAUCUGCUGAUUGUGUGAUCGAGACACUUCCAGCCGUCGUCUGUGGUUGUGCACAUGCAACAAGGUCGUUGUGCGGAUCGAUGGGCGUAGCAUACGCAAGCAAGGACAGGAGCAAAGAGGCUAGCUAAGCAGAGGAGACGCUGGACAGCCGGAGAAUCAUGGAGGGUACUGCAGAUCUCACUUUUAAUCAGCUGCUGCAGCGAUGCUUUGCGCUCGCGGCCGGCGAUACCGGCGCCGGCAGCUUCGUUGCAGCAUCAGCAGCAGGAAUGAGGAGCAGCACAGCCCAGGACCCAGCGCUGCCGCUUGUCUCGCUGCUCGAGCUGGCCGCCCGGCGCGCUGCACAGCUUGCGCUGGUCAACCCGGCCGAAGAGACACUGCGCGAGGUGUCGACCGGCGCGCUGCGCUCACUCCUGAUCCAUAGCCUGCGAGGCGAGGCUGAGGCCAACGUCCGCACCGCCUUUGACGCUAGGGCCGAGCGGCGGCGCAGGCUGGCGAACAGCAAGGCGCACUACAACGUCUUCCUUCACUCUCUUCAAGCGCUCAAGAUCAUCCCGCCCAUCACAGACUCGCUGCUCAAGGCGCAUGCGCAGCUCUACGCGUCAGACGACGGCGAAGACGGCGGAGAAGCAUCGUCAGCAUCACGCACCGCGCUCCCUCCGAACGCAGCGCUCGCCGCUUCUGCGCGGCGGCGUGAGCUCAAGAUUGCGCUGUUCAAAACCGAGCGCAGCCUCAAGUCCUCCCUCGAGCUGUUCCGCAGCGCCUUUUCUACAAGCAACAGGCUGUGGAGCGGCUCAGCGGCGCUGUCGUCACCUGAAGAUGUGUUUUAUGACGCCAUGUUCCCACGGCGGCCGCGCAGGAAGGGCGGCGAAGGCGGAGAGGAAACGAACAGCGACGGGGACCAAGAGGAAGCGGACAGCGAUGAUGAUGAUGAGGACAAGGACGAUGAAGAAGAAGAUCGAAGCGCAGACGGCCAAGUGGUAGCAGGAGCAAGCAGCGACUCAAACACCGGCGUACCACGUACCGUUCGCGCAUAUAUCCUGCUCUUGCUCAACCUUCACGCAGUGAAAGCGUCGCAGCAGCUCGAGUCGGCACAGCAAGAGCUCCAGCUGCUCGCAUCCAUGCCAGAAGCAGCAGCCGUAUCAGAAAACGGAUCUGGGCUGUCAGGGGCCGACCUCCGUCAGCGCGCACGCCACGCCGGCAACCCCGACUGGAGGCUCGAUCGCGGUCCCGGAGGCAGCGGCGCGCUGUCCGGGCCGUUGCUCGACGACAAGGGUAAGCCGCUGCGCCCCUUUGUCAUUACCGAUGGUACCGAUAACACCGGCAGCGGCGCUGCAGAAGCUGCUGUGCCAGCGGAGAUGAGCGCACGAGAGCGCGCGCACGCCGAGGUCUUCCGGCCCUCGCACCGGCUGCCGACCAUGUCGAUCGACGACUACCUCGCCGAGGAGCGGCGGCGCGGCAAUAUCAUCGAGGGUGGCGGCGCGGCGGCCGCGGCGCAGCCGACGCCGCGCGAGGCGCGCGCUCUGCGUGCAGAGGGACACGGCCCGGGCGGUGCCACCACCAGCACGACUCAGGCCGAGGAGGCGGACGAGGAGCGCCGAAGGGAGCAGAUCGAAUGGGACGAGUUCAAGGAGGCCAAUCCAAAAGGCGCAGGUAACACGAUGAAUAGGGGCUAAAGACUGUGUACUGCGGCGUCUAUGGGACUAAGCGUUAGAAGACGACGUGCGGCUGUGAGCAUGAGGGUGCCAACGUGCGGAUGAGUGAAGGAGUGAAUGAAUGAAUG